AUGGCCGCGGGCCGGGACCGGACCGGGCCCGCCUCGGUUCCGCCUCCUGCCGGGGCUGCGGGCUGGGAGCGAGAGCGGAGCGGCCGCGCUGCUGAGAUGAGCCCGGCGCGGCGCCGGGCGUGGCGCGGGGCGGUUUGGACCAGGGAUUUGAGACCAGCAGGACCAGGAUUUUGGGGCCAAUCGGGAGGAUUUUGGCCACCUCCCACUCCAUCCCCAGCCCCACCGGGGGCAGGAUUCCCCAGCCCCACCGGGGGCAGGAAGGCGACGCCUCCCCCGGUGCGCGGGGAAACCGAAAGCGGCGGCGGCUCCGCGCCCCGGGGAGCCAUGGAGGAGCUGCCGGGCGAGGCCUCCUGCCCCAUCUGCCGGGAAUAUUUCCGGGAGCCCGUGUCCAUCCACUGCGGCCACCACUUCUGCCGGGCGUGCAUCGAGCGCUGCUGGGAGUGGCCCACGGCGGGGUUCGCGUGCCCGCGCUGCCGGGACACGGCCCCGCAGCGGAGCCUCCGCCCGAGCCGGGAGCUGGAGCGGGUGCUGGAGCUCGCCCGGCGCCUGAGCCGCGGGGAAGCGCUGGGGGCCGAGCAGGAGCAGCAGGAGGAGGAGGAGGAAGGGUGCCCGAGGCACCGGGAGCCGCUGGAGGUUUUCUGCAAGGAGGACGGAGCUCUGCUGUGCGCGAUCUGCCGCGAGUCGCGGGCGCACCGCGCGCACACGGUGCUGCCGCUGCCCGAGGCUGCGCGGGAGUUCGAGGAACAAAUCCAGGCCGGGCUGCAAACCCUGAAGGACGACAGGGACAAACUCCUGGAGCUCCGGGAGGCUGAAAUGAGGAGAAACUGGGAGUGUUUGGAGGAGACGGCGGCCGAGCGGCGGCGGAUCCUGCGCCGCUUCCAGGGGCUGCGCCUGUCCCUGGAGGAGCUUUCCCGGCGCCUCCUGGCGCGGCUGGGGCGCCUGGAGAGCGACAUCGGGAGGGCGCAGGAGGAAGCGGCGACGAGCCUGACGCAGGAGAUCUCCCGGCUGGAGAGCCGCGCCCGGCAGCUGCAGGAGAAGCGGCGGCAGCCGGCCCGCACCUUCCUGCAGGACAUCAGCAGCACCUUGAGCAGCCUCAGAAGUGAAAACUUCCAGCUGCCCCCGUCGCCUCUGCCAGAGCUGGAAAAGAAAAUUCGGCGUUUCAGGGAGGAAAACCUUCUCCUGGAGGAGACGCUGAGGAGCUUCCAAGACAUCCUGGCCUUCGAGCUGCCGGAGAAAAUGACCGUGACGCUGGACCCCAGCACCGCUCACCCGCAGCUGCUCGUGGCGCCCGACGGGAGCAGCGUCAGCUGGGAAAGGGCCAGGAGCCCGCCCGGGGCCGGAGCCGGAGCUGAGCCCAAAGCCGGAGCCAGCAGCGACCCCGCCGUGCUGGGCCGCGAGGGCGUCACGGGCGGGAGGCGCUGCUGGGACGUGCAGGUGGCGCCGGAGGGGUCCUGGGCGCUGGGGGUGGCCAGGGAGACCCCCGGGAGUGGGGCAGGGACCCCCGGGAGUGGGGCAGAGAGCCCUGUGAGCUCUGAGGGGGAGCUCUGGUCCAUGGGGCUCUGCCAGGGCCAGUUCUGGGCUCUCACCUCCCUGGAGCGUGUCCCGCUGUCCCUCGCCCGCGCCCCCAGCAGGGUGAGGGUGGCCCUGGACUACGAGAGGGGCCACGUGGCUUUUUUCGACGCUGAUAGGAGGAGUUUGAUCUUCGCCUUCCCGGCGGCCUCGUUCCAGGGGCAGCGGGUCCGCCCCUGGUUCCUGGUGUGGGGAGAGGGCGCCCGGAUCACCCUGUGCCCCUGA